AAGAUGGUGACGUCAGACAAGUACACAGCAUCCGGUGACGUUUUGCACAACUGAGUGAUUUUUGUUCUGCGUUACGAUUACGUUUGGAAGUGAAACGCCAUGCCGAAGGUUAUCUCUCGCAGUAUCGUGUGCUCAGACACGCGGGAUAAGGAGGAAUAUGAAGGAGAGAAGCCGCUGAACGUGUACUACUGCCUGUGCGGGCAGAUGGUGCUGAUUUUAGAUUGUCCACUGGAGAAGUUGCCGCUGAGAAAAAGAGACAACGCCCGUGUCAUUGACGGGUCCAAACAUGCACACAAGGUCACAGCAGAGCCUGGGGAGACUGUCUACUUGAAAUGGCCAGAUGGAAUUGAGCGACAGUACAGACAGAAGUGUAAGAAGUGUGGCCUGAGGUUGUAUUACAGACAUGAGGAGAAGGGUGGAACUGUGACGUUUGUGGUGAGCGGGGCUGUGGUGAAGGAGGGGAAAGGUGUGAGGAAGGCAGACAUCUACCAACAAGUGGCCGCUGAAGCCAAACCCAAGAAGGUGAUGAUGACAAAACGCACGAAAGACAUGGGCAAAUUCAGCUCAGUCACAGUGUCCACAGUGGAUGAAGAAGAGGAAGAGAUCGAAGCUAGGGAAGUUGCAGACUCCUAUGCCUCCAAUGCUCGUGUGAUUGAAAAACAGUUGGAGAGAAAGGGUAUGGUGAAGAGGAAACUGCAGGAGAUGGCAACUGAACAUGAGAGGAAGAAGGCAAAGGGAACACUGAUUGACAAAUAGUCCAUUUCACAAAAUACAUGUACAAACAUUGCACUUUUACUUACAUAAACAUGAAUCUGUCGUAGUAAGAUUUAUGGAAAUUUGCUCUUCCUUUCCUGAUGUAAACUAGAUGUACAUAUACAUGUCAAUACUUUCUACCACAUCAAUUAAAACUUUCUACUUUGCAGUUGUAGUUAUUUUAUGACCUUGGCUUAAUGAAAGUCUCUCAGUCAUUUCUACCCCUACUAAGUACUUGUAUAUAGAUAACACCAGUGUUUUUUGGUGAUGUGUAUAGUACAUGUUGAACCGCAAUUGCGUCAAAACUAUUCCACACACAUAUUCCAAGCUAUUGUUUUGUAUUCUUUCCCUGGGUUGGUUGGGAAACACUGACUGUACAUACAAUAUGUUCAUGCUGAACCAAUGAAUAGAUCAAAUAAAGCAUACCAAAGGUA